GUCUGGCAGUUGGAUGUGGGAAGUGUCAUAUGGAUUCGUACUAGUUGGUAAAAGUUUAGCUGGAGCUAGAGUUGAGGCACAGCUACUGCAAAGAAAAAGCUUGGACAAACUAAAAGAUACCAAAGGCCUCUGCAUCAGGGAAGCAAAAUGGGGAGUGAGCCUGGCGCAGUUCAGAUAGUCCGGGUAAAUAAGAAGGACCACUCCUUUGAGCUGGACACUAAGGCCUUGGAGGAGAUUCUUCUUGCCCCAGAGGUGCGAGAUAAGCAUGUAGUGGUCCUGUCUGUGGCUGGGGCCUUCCGUAAGGGCAAGAGCUUUCUUCUAGACUUCAUGCUUCGGUAUAUGCACAGGAGGGAUGAAGAGGACUGGUUGGGAGUGGAAGAUGAGCCCCUUACGGGGUUCUCCUGGAGGGGCGGUUCAGAACCUGAGACCACAGGCAUCCAGCUGUGGAACCAGGUGUUCUUGGUGGACAAAAGUGAUGGCUCUCAGGUUGCCGUACUUCUAAUGGACACUCAGGGUGCCUUCGAUAACCAGUCCACAGUGAAAGACUGUGCUACAAUCUUUGCCCUCAGCACAAUGACCAGCUCAAUGCAGAUCUAUAACCUCUCACAGAACAUCCAGGAAGACGACCUCCAGCAGCUCCAGCUCUUCACAGAGUAUGGUCGUCUUGCGAUGGAUGAAAUCUUCCUGAAGCCCUUUCAGUCUCUCAUGUUCUUGAUCCGAGACUGGAGCUUCCCCUAUGAGUACAAGUAUGGCGUAAGGGGAGGGAGGGAGUUUCUGGACAAACGAUUGCAGGUGAAGGAGACUCAGCAUGAGGAAUUACAGACAGUGAGGGAGCAUAUUCAUUCCUGUUUCACCUCAAUUUCCUGCUUCCUCUUACCACAUCCUGGGCUAAAAGUGGCCACCAGUCCUGCCUUUAAAGGCCAGCUCAGUGAUGUGGCACCUGAGUUUAAAGAGGAGCUGCGCAACCUAAUCUCCACACUGCUGAAGCCUGAUGCCCUGGCUGAGAAAGAGAUCAAUGGCAACAAGGUGACCUGUCGGGGCCUGGUGGAGUUCUUUAAGGCAUACAUCAAGAUCUACCAGGGCGAAGACCUGCCACACCCAAAAUCCAUGCUAAUGGCCACAGCAGAGGCCAAUAACCUUGCAGCUGUCGCUGCGGCCAAAGACCAGUAUUACAAGAACAUGGAGAAGGUUUGCGGAGGAGACCUGCCUUAUGUCGCCCCCGACUCUCUGGAAGAAAAGCACAAGUUCUGUCUCAGUGAUGCACUACAUAACUUCACCUCCACUAAGAAGAUGGGAGGCCAGGAGUUCUGCGACCGCUACCAGGGCCAGCUGCAGGCCGAACUGGAGGAGCUCUGGACUUCAUUCAGCAAACACAAUGAGUCAAAGAAUGUCUUCAGUGCAUUCCGAACGCCUGCCGUGCUUUUUGUCCUUGUGUGCCUCCUGUACGUGCUGUCUGGUAUCCUGCUCUUCAUCGGCCUGGCUUCUGUGUCGUUUGCUUGUGACUGUGCCCUGGGUGUGUCCAUGCUCGCCAUGCUCACCUGGGCAUUUAUCCGCUACUCGGGUCAAUACCACGGAGUGGGCACUGCCAUAGACCAAGCAGCAGGAGUCUUACUAGAACAGGCCACAGUUGUGCUGAACAAGUCGAGAGGUACUACCCCUGUCCUUCAGGAAAAGAAGUCAAGCUAGGAGCACCAUGCCUGUCAAGAAAUCACAAAGUAUGACGUAUUCUGAACGCAGCCAAGAGGAGUCCCUCAUGUGUGCUUCUUGUGUACAAACAAAAACAAUGUCGACACUCCAUUAAAAGCACAUCAGCCUGUAUCUACCAAAAAAACAGAACUAUGACAUCACCAGCCUGCAUCUCAUUUCAGGUGCUCUGAACUUGCUGGUCUUAAUAUAUGCACAACCUUUUUAAGCUGACUGCAUUCCAUCACUGCCAAUAAACAGCUUAGUAUAAAUGUUUGAUCAAGUCAAAUGGCUUGAAGCUAAGAAAUAAGCCAAUUAGUGAAUUUGCACUUUUCUUAAAUUUGGUUGACAUCAUUAUAGCUUUUUUCCCUCAGAAGUGGUUGAAAUCUUUAUGGAUCACUGUGAUGGUGUAUUUGCUGACAUAUAAACUUUAACCAAAUUUCUGUUCUGCUGCCUAUUGUUCAAGCUUCUCUCUCAUUGUAACCGAUGCCUCUUGUGCAUUCCAGCUUUGUCCCCUUUAAACUCCUGUUGCUCAUAUCAGAAGCAUGUAAAUUGUUUCGCAGGAGAAUUCCGAUGCAAUUCCAGGUCUCGCCUGAUCUGCAUUCCUGUUUGAACUGACAGCACUGGCUGUGUCGUUUUUGCUCGUAAGGUCCUCCUCACCUGCUCUAUGUUGUCAAAUCUGAUGCUUUUUAGGGGGCAGACAGGCAUGUCACAUUCCAGACCCAGUGCUCUAGAGCUGAGAACUGUUUACAGUAACGAUAAACAUCUUAUAGAUGAUGUGGUGCUCCCUUGUUGUCAUUUUUACCACAGAUCUCUGAUGGACCUACGUCUCCAAAGAUGUUUUUCAUAUCCAUGUUCUGUGUCCAGUCAAAAGAAAAUAACGCAACAACUAACUUUUUUUAGUGCAUACCUUCAUUUUUGUUUAUCAUCAGUCAUGAGUGAGUUGGUGUCCUUGGUUGGUUGAGGUUUGCCCCCUUUUCAUGCUUUAAGAAAAGUAACACUACCAAAUACGAAAAGGGACUCCCUGGAUUCACAGGCAGCCUGAUUAUGCUCUUCUAUCAGCUGAGGUUACCCAUAACCAUCUCUGUUUGAUAUUUCCUCUCAUCACAUUCCAUGUCUGUCAGUCAUUCCAUGACAGAGUAGUCAGUGUGAAGAGUGUAUUAAAUGAUCCUGCCCUCAUUUCCAUUGUGAUGUUUUUUUUUUGUUUUUUAUUCAUUCCAGAAAUAAAAUGUAUGCAUGGAAUUCAUUUUCUUGUCAGCUUUUAAAGCUGUUACAGGUCAUAUUUUUGAACAGAUUUAAGCGACAAUAACCAAAUAAAGAGUAUUUUAUGCAUUA